CGCCAAUCUCGCUUCGAACCCCAGCUCGUCCAUAGCACCUCUUCGGUCCGAAAGGCAAUCUCCGACGACAACAUGGUUGAGUGUCCAGAGUGUGGCGCCAACGCCGAUUUGACUAAAGACGGGGCUUGGGCACAUUGUGCCUCGUGCAAUACAAUCUUUGAGCCCGGCAAGGAAGGUAGUCACUAUCAAGGUAGCGGUAGUGGGUCAGGUGAUAAGAAGGAGGAAAAGAAGGGUGACAAAGAAGCUGAGAGUACAAAGAAGGAUGAAAAGAGUGAAAGCUAGGGAUGUCCUGUGAUGCCUAUCGUUUGGGUUGGAACGGCCAAGCAAAUUUAGUACGAUCGUCCUCGACUGACUGUCGAAUACAGAAUACAAAAAAAGCUAGUCGACCACAUAUUUCCUCAACGCUCAUCACAAAAUUAGGACGACACUGACAUUGUCAUCACAAUGUAUCCACAAUGAAUCACUAUCAUCUCUACAACGCUGUGCUUGCACGGGGGCCCUCAGCCAGCGCACUUGCUCCCGCGGUACUCUCCCUUCAGCC